CGGCAUGGGUGCUUGGGGCAGGAGGCGCUGAGGAAGAUCAUCACCACGCUGGCCGUGAAGAACGAGGAGAUCCAAAACUUCAUCUAUGCCCUCAAGCAGAUGCUGCAGAACGUGGAGGCCAACUCCAUCAAGGUGCAGGAGGACCUGGAGGGCGAGUUCCAGACUCUCUACUCCCUGCUGGAUGAGCUCAAGGAGAACAUGCUCAUGAAGAUCAAGCAGGACCGGGCCAGCCGCACCUAUGAGCUGCAGAACCAGCUGGCUGCCUGCACCAAGGCGCUGGAGAGCUCCGAGGAGCUGCUGGAGACGGCCAACCAGACGCUGCAGGGCGCCGAGAACCACGACUUCCAUCAGGCUGCCAAGCAGAUCAAGGAUAGUGUGACGAUGGCCCCUGCCUUCCGGCUCUCGCUCAAGGCCAAGGUGAGCGACAACAUGAGCCACCUUAUGGUGGACUUUGCCCAGGAGCGUUGCAUGCUGCAGGCCCUCAAAUUCCUCCCGGUCCCCAGCGCCCCCGAGAUUGACAUGGCCGAGUCGCUGGUGGCCGACAACUGCGUGACGCUGGUGUGGAAGAUGCCGGAUGAGGACAGCAAGAUCGACCACUACGUGCUGGAGUAUCGCAAGACCAACUUUGAGGGCCCCCCCCGUGUCAAGGAAGACCAGCCCUGGAUGGUCAUCGAGGGCAUCAAGCAGACUGAGUACACCCUCUCCGGGCUGAAGUUUGACAUGAAGUACAUGAAUUUCCGCGUGAAGGCCUGUAACAAGGCCGUGGCAGGCGAGUUCUCCGAGCCAGUCACCUUAGAAACUAGAGCGUUCAUGUUCCGCCUGGACGCCGGCACCUGCCACCAGAACCUGCGGGUGGAGGAGCUGAGCGUGGAGUGGGAUGCCAUGGGCGGCAAGGUGCAGGACAUCAAGGCACGCGAGAAAGACAGCAAGGGCCGCACCGCAUCGCCCGUCAACUCCCCUGCCAGGUGCGUGCAGUCUCCAAAGAGGAUGCCCUCAGCACGUGGGGGCAGGGACCGUUUCACCGCUGAGUCCUACACCGUGCUGGGUGACACACUCAUUGAUGGGGCCGACCACUAUUGGGAGGUGAAGUACGACCGGGACAGCAAGGCCUUUGGCGUGGGGGUGGCCUACCGCAGCCUGGGCAAGUUCGACCAGCUGGGCAAGACCUCUGCCUCCUGGUGCCUCCACCUCAACAACUGGCUGCAGGUCAGCUUCACCGCCAAGCACAACAACAAGGCCAAGGUGCUGGAUGUGCCUGUGCCCGACUGCAUCGGCGUCUACUGCAACUUCCACGAAGGCUUCCUGUCCUUCUACAAUGCAAAAACCAAGCAGCUGCUCCAUACAUUCAAGGCCAAAUUUACCCAGCCUGUGCUUCCUGCUUUCAUGGUCUGGUGCGGCAGCUUCCACGUGUACUCAGGGCUGCAGGUGCCCAGCUCCGUUAAAAGCCUCCAGAAGCGGAACAGCACCACCAGCAGCUCCAACGCCAGCCUGACCUAGACACCGCGGGACUGGGACCAGCGUCACGGUGGGACUGGGGCAUUGCCUGGGCUAUCCCACCGCUCCCCCAGAACCAGCCUCUGGUGGGAAAGACACUCCAUGACUUCUCCUCUCCCUGUUGCAGGAAGGGGCUGGAGCUGAGGGGGCAACGCCCCAGCACGGGGGCAGGAGGGCCGCGGCACCUAUAGCUCUCUGAAUGUAUCCAGACUGACCCACCAGAGCCUGCCACCCCCACCUCUGCCACACUUGCCUUUAAGAGCAGGGGACCACGUGAGCCAGCCUUGUGCCAAAGCGGGCCGUCGACCAACCGCCUUGCCGUGACCCAGGAGCGGGAGCCUGGGCCGCUGGACGCAAUGGGCAGGGCAGUGUUUUUCUGGCAGUCAUAUGCCCCGACUCUUAAAGGCGACCCCCUGGCACACGGCUGCUCUUAGACCCCUUAGCCUCUCUCGUGACACAAUGCUUUGGCCUUAACGAUCGCUGUAGGUGUAGACGUCCCUGUUCCCCCGGCAUGGGCCAGGGGAGGGAAUGGUGUCUGUGUGUUGUGCUGCUCCUGGCUGGAGGUGACAUUAAAGUAUCUUCCUCCUCGCUG